CCCUCAGACGCCCCGUGGCUCGGCCGGCGGACGGCGUGUUGCUGCGUCAUCGCCAGUGGCCGGUUUGAAUGAGGCUCUUGUCGCGCUGAGUCUGCCGCCACUACCGCGCCUCCGCCUCGGCCGCCGCCACAGCUUCUUUGCGGCCCUUUCCUUUCGCCGCUCUUGCCAGGCCCAGCCUUCCUGCGCCACCGCCGCCUCCUAGCGCGCCCUGCCAUGCCGCUCUACUCCGUUACUGUGAAAUGGGGAAAGGAGAAAUUUGAAGGUGUAGAACUGAAUACUGAUGAACCUCCGAUGGUGUUCAAGGCUCAGCUUUUUGCACUGACUGGAGUCCAGCCGGCCAGACAGAAGGUUAUGGUGAAAGGAGGAACAUUGAAGGAUGAUGAUUGGGGAAACAUCAAAAUAAAAAAUGGAAUGACUUUACUAAUGAUGGGGUCAGCAGAUGCUCUUCCUGAGGAACCCUCAGCUAAAACUGUCUUCGUAGAAGACAUGACAGAAGAACAGUUAGCAUCUGCUAUGGAAUUACCAUGUGGAUUGACAAACCUUGGUAACACUUGUUACAUGAAUGCUACAGUUCAGUGUAUUCGUUCUGUACCUGAACUCAAAGAUGCCCUUAAAAGGUAUGCAGGUGCCUUGAGAGCUUCAGGGGAAAUGGCUUCAGCACAGUAUAUUACUGCAGCCCUUAGAGAUUUGUUUGAUUCCAUGGAUAAAACUUCUUCUAGUAUUCCACCUAUUAUUCUACUGCAGUUUUUGCACAUGGCUUUUCCACAGUUUGCAGAGAAGGGCGAACAAGGACAAUAUCUUCAACAGGAUGCUAAUGAAUGUUGGAUACAAAUGAUGCGAGUAUUGCAACAGAAAUUGGAAGCUGUAGAGGAUGAUACUGUUAAAGAGACAGAUUCUUCAUCUGUACCAGCAGUGACACCUUCUAAAAAGAAAAGUUUAAUUGAUCAGUUCUUCGGAGUUGAAUUUGAAACUACCAUGAAAUGUACAGAAUCUGAAGAAGAAGAAGUCAGUAAAGGAAAGGAAAGUCAGCUUCAGCUUAGCUGUUUUAUCAAUCAAGAAGUCAAGUAUCUUUUUACAGGACUUAAGUUGCGACUUCAGGAAGAAAUCACCAAACAGUCUCCAACAUUGCAAAGAAAUGCUUUGUACAUCAAAUCUUCCAAGAUCAGCCGGUUGCCUGCUUACUUGACUAUUCAGAUGGUUCGAUUUUUUUAUAAAGAGAAGGAAUCUGUGAAUGCCAAAGUUCUUAAGGAUGUUAAAUUUCCUCUUAUGUUGGAUGUGUACGAACUGUGUACACCAGAACUUCAAGAGAAAAUGAUUUCUUUUCGAUCAAAAUUCAAGGAUCUGGAAGAUAAAAAAGUAAAUCAUCAGCCAAAGACAAGUGACAAAAAGAGUAGUCCCCCAAAAGAAGUUAAGUAUGAACCCUUUUCUUUUGCUGAUGACAUUGGCUCCAAUAAUUGUGGAUACUAUGACUUACAAGCAGUGCUAACACAUCAGGGAAGAUCUAGCUCUUCAGGUCAUUAUGUAUCAUGGGUGAAAAGGAAACAAGAUGAAUGGAUUAAGUUUGAUGAUGAUAAGGUCAGCAUCGUCACACCAGAGGAUAUCUUGAGGCUUUCUGGUGGUGGAGACUGGCAUAUAGCUUAUGUUCUACUCUAUGGGCCUCGCAGAAUUGAAAUAAUGGAAGAGGAAAGUGAACAGUAAUCUUCAUUUUAGCUAUUUAUGCUUAGGUGUGAAAUAAAUGUUGUUUGUUGAUCAUUUCUAUAACCCAGAGCUUUAAAGGAAGAUUUUUAGGUGGUUUUACAUGUUUCCCCUCAUGUGGAACAAAAGAGGGCAGAAGCAGACCACUCUGUGUUAUCGACCUAAAAAAUAACAGAAAAGAGAAAAUUGCCUUUGGACUGUGCUGCCCUAUAUAAAAGUGACAGGAAGACGUUUUUAAAAAGCUUAUUUCUUGGAUUAAUUUUUAAAAAUUAUGAGUUGAAAUGCCUUUCAACCAUUACCUUCUGUGAUAAUUUUUCUUCCUGUCUUUUUCAGCCCAAGAUUCAGCAAUCAGAUGUUUAUUGCACACCUAUUACUCUAUUAUUUGUUGUUUUUGCAUGGUUCAAACCACCAGUGAUUCAGUAGCUGCCCAUCCUUUGCAUUAUCUAACAAAAAUUUUGCCAGGACGGUGGAAAGGAAGUUAAGUGUUGAUCUCAUUGUGUAACUCAGUGCUGCUGUCCCCAUCCCAUGGAAACAUGGGUACAAUCAAGUAUUUGUCCAGCCUGACUGUUGCUGGCUUCUCAUGACUUUAAAAUAAAUUGUGAUCAAUAAUAGUA